CGCGAUCAUCUGAUGACGUGGUGUCGUUGGCUUCGCUCAGCAGCGCGAGAGGAUGGCGGACCAGAACAGGCAAAUCAAACUCGCUGCAGCCAAGAAAAAGGUUAGUAUCCCACAUCACUCUGUGUUUAGAGAGUCCAAUUACACAUAUAACAGAUUCUUUGUGUUACACCAUAUCACCGCCUGUUUGCCUUUCAUUUGUCCUCUCUCUCUCUUUGGUUUUCUAUGCAUGCUGACACGUCAGACACGCAACCAGGAGCUGGCAGUGGCUCUGGACUCCAGCGCGCUCACAAACACUCAGCUCUCGUCCAAACUCGAGACACUGACGAAGCAGUCUCAGGAGCUUUCUGAUCAACUACAGAAGGAGCGGAAAGAGUUUGAGCAGAAGUUCACUAAGGAGCAGGGAGCGAUGCGUGAACAGCUACAGGUUCACAUUCAGACCAUCGGCAUCCUGGUGUCUGAGAAAUCAGAGCUACAGACGGCUCUGUCUUACACACAGCAGGCAGCGCGACACAAGACAGGUGUGUGUGAGCUUGAGUGUGAGAGAGAGAGAGAGAGAGAGUGUGUGUGUCUGCAGGAGAAGUGCGGAGAGCUGGCGUCUGCGCAGGAGCACAGGGAUCAGUGUCUGGAGAAACUGAACCAGCUGGCUAGAGAUAACGAUGAGCUGAAGACUGAGGUGCAGGAGCUGCUAAACAGCUCGGCUCUGAACACCUCACACGAGGAGUUUAUUCACUCUGCUCUGUCGCGUCUGGAGGAAGAGCGAGAUGAGAUGAGCCGCCGGUUCGAGGAGGAGAGGAGACUUCAUCACGCUGUUCGACAGCAGAUGGCAGCCAUGAGCCACGAGCAGCAGCAGCAGCAUCACCACCACAGCACAGGAGGCUCUGACGGGGUCCCGGUGGAGGUGCACGAGGCUCUGCGGCUGGCCAUGGAGAAACUCCAGGGGCGUUUCACGACGCUCAUGCAGGAGAAGGUGGAUCUGAGGGAGCGACUGGAGGAGCUGGAGCACCGCUGCGUUCAGCUGUCAGGAGAAACAGACACCAUCGGUGAAUACAUCGCGCUGUAUCAGAACCAAAGAGCCAUCAUGAAACAAAGACACUAUGAGAAGGAGCAGUACAUCAGCAUGCUGGCCAAAGACAAGGAGGAGAUGAAGGCGAAGCUAGCGGAGCUGCAGGAUCUGGUCAUGCGUCUGGUGGGCGAGCGUAACGAGUGGUACAGCAGAUACAUGAGCGCCAUUGGUAACCCUGACCUCCUGUCCUCUGGAGGAGAACGCCUCCAUCCUGCUGACGGACACACGGAAAGCCCAGCCGUUCUGGAGCUGAGCGCAGCGGUGGAGGCGUCUACAGCGCAUCAGUCCAGCACAGACCCACAGACUCAAUCCCAGAGUCCAGAGAGGCCUGGAUCCGCACCGGACGGCACGGCCCGCCAGAUCAUGCAGCUCCUGCAGGAGAUCCAGAACCCUCAGGCCAGACCCGCUCCCUUCCUGGGAGAAAACCCCUGCAUCCCGUUCUUCUACCGGCCCGACGAGCACGACGAGGUCAAGAUCCUGGUGGUCUGACAGCGUCCGUCUCAUCCGAAUCUUUCCUGCUUGGCUUCUGGCGAAAAGGACACACGUAUUAAAUGGGUUUUCCCUCUCUGUUUCUCUGGUUUCUACAGCGAAUAAGAGAAAUUUGAUGACUUCUGAAGCUUCCCGGUUCCGCUCGGUUUGUCUGUAAACCAGUUAAUCCAUAAGAAUAUCAGUUUUUGUCCCUCUCCCAUUUGUCCUCUUUCACUUUAUCAAACAAGUGCAAUAGACAGGUGACACCUCAGUGAUUCAUAUCAGUAUGAUUCAGAUCGUGAACUCCUUAUGUAAUGAACUCGCACACUAACUAGGGUACAGUAAUGAGUAAUACUGAAAUGAUAAAGCAGGUCUGGACCGAGAUGAUGAAGUGUUUUCUGAGAGCAUCAGAUAAUGAAGUGUUUAUGUAGGGCAGAUUACUGAGAAGGAAAUUAAUCGGAAGUAAACAUUUAUUGAUGAAUCAUUCGAUCUGAUUCGAUGCUUUAUGCAUCACAUUGUAGGUUAGAAUCGAGCCGAGAGUGUUCAGUGGACACAAGAAGUUUACAACCGAGUUGUUUUGCUUUUCUAAUUGGGAUUUAUUGAAAGAUGUAGUUAUAAUUUCUUCCCUAAAAACACACAAGCACCUGUUUUUUGUAGACUGCGUGACGUCGAAGCUUUCGAGAUGUCGGCGAUUGUUUGCGGCUAACUUUAUGACUCUAGCGUCCGUCAGCCGAGAGUUUGGAGUGGCGUGUGUAUGUGGAGUGAAUGAUAGCGCGUUUAUGAGAGCUGGACAUAUACUAGAGAAUAUAUGAAGAUAUAUUGAACGGUGAAUUCAUUCAUAAACAUCCUCCAUCAUCAGAUUUGGCAACACUUUCUGUGAAGAUGACGCUCUUCCUCAUGUCUUGCAAUUGUAUGUUUUUGUAAAUAAAUGUAAUCGCAGCUACACCUUUAAAGAGUGUGAUGCAUUUUGCAUGCAUUAUGCUGUUUAGAAGUGAAUGCAUAUUAAUCUACAGGUACUUACAAAAACAUUCAACCAAUUCUGAAGUAGAAUGCAUUGUGCAUUGCUCUCUAAUGCAUUGUAUUUACACGCAGGCUUCAUAGAAAGUGUUGCCGUAUCUGUAUUCACCUGAAGAAUUGAACACGUGUAUGCGGUUAUAACUGGAAGGCGUGUGGAUCGAGUUUACAUCUGAAUACUGUGUUUCACCCUGCUGCACUUUUGUGAGUGUCGAGCUUCUGCAUCAUUUCUAUCUGCGCUCUCCAUGUAUGAAUAUAUUUUCCAGUGAUUGUUUUGGGCGUGGGCUUUAAUCAGACGUUGAUUGUUUCGCGUGUUCAUGUAACAGACGUGUAAAUAGUGUAACUGUGUAUCAUACUGUAUAUUGACUGGAGGAAGGCUUGCGUUUGUCUGCUGAAGACUCAGUGCGAAGAGAGGACGGGAUGUUAGUGUGGUUUCAUACUGCGGCUGAACUAAAGGAGAAUUCUAUUUAUUUGGGAUAGUUACACACUAAUCUGCUUUACUCUAGACUGAUGGAACACAAUGAAGGAAUAAUGAGUAGUUCGAGUGAUGAUUUUCCUCCUAAAUAAACCUGAUUGAGCAAAAUGAAGACCA